UCUGCCGGGAUGCGCCUCGCCGUUUCGGAUUAAUCAGAAUCGAAACUGGUCAGCGGCGGGUACUCUCACCUGGAAGCAGGAUGCGCCUCGCCGUCCCGCUCGUCCGGAAGGCGGCGACCUCGGCCUCGGCCUCAGGGCCGGCGACGACGACGACCUCGCUGAAGGUGGGCGACGCGCUGCGGUCGGGCCGGCGGCGGUUCACGGAGGCCGACGUGGCGGCGUACGCGGCGGUGAGCGGCGACCGCAACCCGGUGCACCUGGACGACGCCUUCGCCCGCGGGGCCGGCGGGUUCGCGCGCGGUCGCGUUGUCCACGGCAUGCUCGCCGCCUCCCUCUUCCCUGCCCUCAUCGCCUCUCGCUUCCCCGGAGCCGUGUACGCGAGCCAGUCGCUCAGGUUCGCCGCGCCGGUGUACGUCGGCGACGAGGCGGCCGCGGAGGUGCGGGCGCUCAACAUCAAAUCCGCCGGCGGGAGGCACAUCGUCAAGUUCGCCACCAAGUGCUUCGCCAGCGUCCAUGAAGAUGACGAGGAGGCUCUCGCCAUUGAUGGCGAGGCCAUGGUGUUCCUGCCCACGCUGGAGCUCGGCUCGGAGGCCAUUGCUGAGUAACAAUUCCGUCUGAUGCUCCAACUCACAGCUUCCGUCCCAUUGAGCAUCCAGGCGAUAUCGAUCCUAUUCAUCGAAUACCUGAUGGACCUCCGUAGCCGCACAAUCGAGACAAGCUGGCAUUCACACUAGAAUUUGCCUUUCUUUUUUCUACUGUGGUUGAUUAAAUUUGGAUUUGAAGUAAUAAUCUUAUAGCAAGCAAAUUGCUUCGUCUGUUGAUGCUGUGUUUUUUUCAGAUUGUUGUGUAAAUUCCAGCUGUGCUACAGUAGAAUUUGUUUCAUUGGAAUUGACCUUUUACUGUGUAUAAUCAGAUCUGAACUAAAAUGAUCUUCUAGCAAGAUAGAUGCAUCUGUCCGUCGAUAUUGUAAGUUUUUAAGAUCUUUUAUGAUUUCCCCUCAUCCAAGAAGAAUCGUCAAGAGUCAUUCCACGACGUUAAGUUAUUGCGCAGAUCUAAAAACAUCUUGUUGGCACCUCCUUAACACGGUAAAGCUUCUCUAUUUUUGGCCACAAAGUGUCCAUAUGUGUCUAAUCAAUGAUAUGUUAUCUUAGUGGACAACACCGAUUUUUUUUGUAUUAUUUCACAUAAUAAAUCUAUCUUGCUCUUGCAAGGUUGAUAAUUUGUAUUA